AUGCGGUCUCUAUCACCAGCUCUCGCGUCUCUCGCGAAUGUCUUCCGAAUCUCGAUGUCGCUAGCUCCGGUACGCCCAACCGCUUCGCGCGUGUGCCACGAAGUCCUCGCCCGUCGGACACAACAACCCGGUCCGAUUACCGCAGCCGUGCAAUCCGCGCCUUUCUCCUCGACAAGUACCCUGGAGGGGCGAAAGAACAGAGGUCCCAAUGUGGAUAAGCGAAUCACUCUUAUCCGCUACUUCCUCUACCACCCCCUCACUCCCCGCCCUCUGCGCUUCUCGCGAAACCGAUACCUCCGCCAUUGGACUAUCCACCGCGCCUGGCAAUUGUUCCAGGCCAAGCAGCGCCGUGGACGAGAACUCGAGCUGGAGCGUCAGUACCAGAGCAUGCAGUCUGCUUGUGAGGAGCUACGGACUGGCGCCGGUGAUGGUGGCAGACUGUUCCGCAAGUCGAUGAUCAAGAAGGGCAUCUUCACUGAUAUGUUCCCCAUCGAGUACGGCCGUAUGCAGACCGAUUACCCCCUGCCGAGGGGUGGAAUCAUGAUUGGAAGCGUCCUGAGAAGAAGGACCGAUAAAUGUUCGUGA